AUGAUUCUCUCAGACAUAAGGGGUUUUGUCAGUACUUUGGCAGUUAUCACAACAGUACUCCAAUUUUUAUCCGGCACGCUCGUAUGUAAGCAGUACGUAUCUAAUCGAACUACCGCCGAGGCAUCACCACUUCCGUUUCUCUUUGGAAUUGUCUCCUCUGGUCUUUGGCUGCUUUAUGGAUUGACCAAACAUGAUGAUAAAAUAGUUUUAGUUAAUAUAAUUGGAGUAACUCUUAUGACCUCCUACACAGUUGUUUUCUAUAUUUAUACAUUCAAGAAAUCAUCAUUACUAAAACAAAUUAUAAUAAUGGUCUGUUUCAUUUUGUUUGUUAUCGGAUAUCUUUUUGUAGAAGAAGACAAUGAAGAACUUUUAUGUAGAUUAGGUUUAUUGGCUUGCUCGCUGACUUUGAUGACUAUUGCUGCACCAAUGAGCAAGCUGAUUUACGUGUUAAAAGUGAAAAGUACUGAGUGCUUACCUUUCCCUAUGAUACUUAUGUCAUUUUUUGUUUCAUCAUUAUGGUUUUUAUAUGGAGUUAUAGAAGAAGAUUCAUAUUUAAUUGUACCAAAUUUCAUAGGAGGUGUAUUAGCUCUAAUGCAAUUAUCUUUAUUUGUGAUAUACCCAAGUACACCAGCAUCACCAAGCUUAUUAAAAAGUAUAAUAGCUUGA